AUGUUAAAAAAGUCAAUAGACGAAAAUAAAGAUAUAGAGUCAUCCCUACUUCAAUACAGAAAUACCCCCCUUAAGAAUUUAAAUUACUCCCCCUCACAGCUACUAAAUAGCAGAUGUUGUAAGACAAAAUUGCCAAUACCAACUAGUUCCUUGGUACCAGCAGUCUGCACAAAUGUAUCUGAGAAAAUAGAACAUAAAUUAAACACUUACACCAAAUAUUAUAAUAAGCAGGCUAAAGACUUGAAACCUUUAGAACCAGGGCAAAAUGUAAUAAUCCACAAUGAUUCCAAGAAAACAUGGGAUCAAGGUCAAAUAAUUGAUCAUCAUGUUUAUCCACGGUCAUAUCUGGUUAGAGAUGGUUGUGGUAACACUCUUCGUCGCAAUAGAGUAGAUCUUAAACCAUCUGUUAACACAUUCCAGGAGUCUGCGAAUCUUGAAGAGCAUAUUUCACCUAUCUCUGACAAAGGUACUGAUCAGGAAAAUUAUCCUCAAAAUAUUGUAAACCUAACUAGCUCACCCGAACCCUGUACUCCUUCUCAGCAACUCAUUGUAACAACCCGCACCGGAAGAAUUAUAAAGAGACCUGAUAAAUUAAACCUAAGAGCUAGACAAAAGCUAGAAAAAGAACACAGAGAGUUAUCUAUAAACACCAGCCGCAGGUCCUCGGCCUCAUCAACAAGCCCGAGAAGUCCGAUCACACUACAACUUAAAAGGAGCAUACAUCACCCUUACCGGCAUGUAAGUACCCCCAAACCGAAGGAAUCACACAGAUCCUCAAAUAGUGAAAGAAGAGACUCUCGGGAGAGGUCCCACAAAACCGACGAGAAAACUCGAAAAAGGUCCAAAAACCAUAGUUCCAACAGAGAUAGAGGGGAAAUGGAAGUAAAUGAGGCCGAUUUGUACCCACCCCCAUCAUCUGAGCACAAAAAAUCCAGCAGAAACAUCACUGAAAAGUUCGCUGAAAAAAAUGAUGAAAAUGCCGCUUUUUACACUCCACCACAAGAAAUCACAUCAAACUCAUCCACGAUGACAGACUACUCCCCCGACAGUGAUCCCAUGUCGAGAUAUGGAAUGGCUAGUGCGACAAAGGACGCCACCACGGAUCCUACCCUCAUUAGUGCCGAAUUAGUGCUCCAAAACCUAGACAGUGCGAUAAACAACAUAAACAACGAAAACUCCGGGCCUAUUAAUAACAGUGUACAUACCAUAAAUCAAAACAGUGCUCCCCCUAAUAAUGUCAGUGUUGUGACGGAACCGAAAUUCGAAUCCGCGUAUAACACCCUCGCGCUACCGAAUACGGUCACCGCAAGGGUCCUCAACUUCGGGAUUGACCCCCCCACGUCAAGUGAAGAUGAAAGAGGGAAACAGUUCAACUUCAAACAUAAAACGUUACUAACCAAACGUAAAAAUAUGUCUCCAGUUGGCCAAGAAGCACAAGACAACCCCCGUAACAUGCCACCGGAAAACCCAAACAAAAUCGACGAAUUUCAAAUCCCGAAAAAAACGAAAAAAUUCAGGACGAAUUUUAUAAAAAUGCUGGAACAAAAGGCGGCAGCUACAAUAUCCACAACAAAUAGAUUUGAAGCCAUUGGCGAAUCAGAAAGCGACUCUGAAAGCGAAACUGAACCGACUACAUCCACAGAAAACAAAAUAAAAGGGAAAGCAACCCCUAACAUACGAAUCAAAGGCCAGUCAACACGUCAAAAAUCCUCAGUGAAAAACACAAUCGGUGAAAAAACCAAACCAAAAUCGAGAGACACAAUCCCCCCCAUAGUUAUAGACGGGAAUACGGAUAAUCACGUAAACCUUGCAAAGGACCUAAAAGAAAUCGUCAAGGGAAAAUACUCGAUCAAAUACACCAACGCUACGACGGUCAUUUACACAGAAAACGAUGGAGACUACAAAAAACUACUAAGCAGCAUUAAAGAAGCUGAAAUCCCGCAUCAUACGUAUACAUCUAAAGCUGACAAAACACAUGCUUUUGUACUCCGGGGAAUGGGUAAGGGAGUUGAAAAAAAUGCAAUAAUUGAAGACAUGCAAGAAACGUACGAAAUUGCAGUCAAAGAAAUAUAUCUAAUGUCAACCAAAUUUAGACCCCUCUACCUAGUGGUGACGGACCCAGCGAUCACCCUAGAGUGCCAAGCUUGGGGACAUGCCACAGCAAAUUGUGGCCGCCCCCCUCGGUGCCUGAAGUGCGCAGGGGACCACCUGACCAACGUAUGCACAAAAACCCGUGAAACACCCGCCACAUGUGCCAACUGCCACGGCAGCCACCCGGCCAAUUACACCAAAUGUGAGGCUUACCUGGAAAGAGCCUCGAGGUUAGAGGAGAGAAGAGCGACGCAAAAACCUCCACUGAAAAAAUAUGUACCAGCCCCUCCACCAACCCAAUCGGCCUGGGACAAAAACAGAAACCCCACUGCACAAGAAUUACGCGAUUUCCCACCCCUCCCUACAUCCAGUAAUUCCCAAUCUAAAUUUCAGCCUCAACCACCAAGGAGAAACUCCAAUGUCAAAAAUGUAAAUGAAAAACCACCACAAACCGGAGGAAUGGACGAUCUCUUUGCCCUCAAUAAAGAAUUCGAAGAGCUUAACUCUAUGGGCGACUUCAGCGUCAAGCAUACUAAUGCCAGCACUAUAAUCUUCGUGGAAGACAGGGAAGACCACAGCAGGGUGCUCAGCAACAUCAAAGCUGAAAAACUCUCGUACCACACGUACACAUCAUAUGACGAUAAAUCUCACGCUUUUGUCUUGCGUGGACUAGCUGAGGGCACCAAAGUAACAGACAUAAUCGAAGACCUUGAGGAAGAGCACGAAAUCAAAGCUCGAAACGUGUUCCAAAUGAAUACAAAAGAAAGACCCCUGUUUCUGGUGGUAACGGACCCGGCAAUUACCCUGGAUUAUUUGAAUAAAAAUACUCGACGAAUUCUAUACACCAGGGUAGUAUGGGAGAUGAGGAAAUCGACAAAAGCCAUAAUUCAAUGCCACAACUGCCAGCAAUGGGGGCACGCUACAUCCAACUGCGGUAGGCCGUCUAAAUGCGUCAAAUGUGCGGGUGAUCACCACACCCGUACAUGCACGAAGACACGGGAAACACCAGCCACAUGUGUAAAUUGCGGGGGUGAUCACCCUGCAAAUUACUCGAAAUGUCAGGCGUACACGAGUAAGCUAGAAAGACUAGAAGAAAGACGGCCUAGACCACAGCAGAAAUUUGUCCCCGCCCCUGCGCCAAGAACUAACCAAUGGGAGGCCAGGAAACAAGCCAGAAGCGCAAAUAUCGAAUACCCGGCCCUGCCCACAAGAAAGCAUGAAGCAAACGAAAACAAGAAGACAAACAGUGAAAGGGCAGUGCCGAGCAACAUACAUAUGGAUAACGUAACAACGUUGAAUAAGGAACUAGCCGAACUAAAUAAGCUAAUCAAUAUCGGUGAGUUAACAAGGGCGAUAAGAGCGCUUAACGCUGCACUAAAACAAUGCAUUACAGGACAACAGAUAAUAGAGACUUACAACGCGUUUAUGAGCGACGUUGACAAUCAAUACAAACUUAGGAACUGA